AUGGAGACACGUUCCAAAAAGGACCGGGUGAUAGAAGCAACAGGCAUUUCAAAAAGUACUUUAAAAAGAAUUUUAAACGAAGCCAACCAAAAAUCUCCAUCUAUGCCUUUUGAAACGCCACAGAGAAAGAGACCGAAAAAAGAUUAUUUGUUAAAUUUAGAUAGUUUUGAUUACGACGUAAUCAGGAGAAUGGGUUCUACGUUCACGUUACGAAAAAUUUUACGAAAAUUGGGAUUUCGGUAUUGCAAAACCAAAGAUAACCGAAAAACUUUAAUGGAAAAACAUGAUGUGCGACUUAAAAGGACACAAUUUUUAUCUAAAAUAAAAAAAAUGUAGAGAAGAAGGAAAAGAAAUAGUGUAUAUGGAUGAAUCGUACAUACACACCUCGCACGUUAAUGGCAAAGGCUGGUCAGACUCUAGCAACGCAGGGAUUAAAAAACCAAUUUCCAAAGGGCAACGUCUUAUUAUAGCUCAUGCCGGCAGUGAAAAUGGUUUUAUACCUGGUGCGUUGCUUAUGUACAAAUCUACGGACACAACGGGAGAUUAUCAUAAGGAGAUGAACAGCGAAAACUACGAGAAAUGGCUUAAAAAUCAGCUCAUUCCAAAUUUGCCGCAAAACUCCGUGCUAGUAGUUGAUAAUGCCCCAUAUCACAACAAACAUACCGAAAAGAUGCCAAAUUCUAAUACCCGGAAACAAGAUAUGAUAGAUUGGUUGAAAACUCGCAACAUUCCAGUAAACA